AUGGACCAUUCAGACAAAAAACUACUAACAGCGAAUGCCUCAGUGCUAGGGCCAUGUUGGGUUCCUAUAUAUGAAAGUCCAGUUGGAUUUAGCGUACAACAUUUUGAAGCAGCCAUGUUGAAUAUUAUCCAUCAACCUAAUAUUAAUUCAACAGUUAUUAUGAGAGCAGAUAUUUUACGAGAAAACAUUUUUGAUCCCGAUGAAGGGGAUACAACAUUUACUAGCAAGAUCGCAAACGAGAUACCAAAAUUUCAAACUCAUGACGAUUCAGAGUUGCUAUUGAGAAAUUUGAAAGAUAUCAAAGUGAGACAAAUACCAGAUAUACCCGACAUUCAAUUCACAAUGAGACACGAGAUUGUCAGAAGAGUAAUUCCCCGAAACCCUUUCAAGGAUUACAUUAUUAACCAGACAUGUCUUAUGUUGACUGACAACAAAAAGAAUAACUUGGUGGUUUACAUUCCUCACAUAGACUCUGUUGAAGAGACACCAUAUUAUUUGCCGCCAGUUUAUGGAAUUGGGAUACUCUACAAUGACUUUAAGGUUUCAGUCCAUUAUUUGCCCUUUGGUUUUGAGACACCGAACUGCAAAGAGCUCACUUUAUUGAAAUCCAUGACGGAACAGGACAGACCAAUCAGAAUAGCUUUAAGAUUAUUGAAUACAGCCACUAAACAUUCUCAGGGCAGGAAAUUAGGUUAUGAAAAAAGAGUAAAUCAUGAUUUAGUAGUACCCCAAACCAGCUUUCAAAACCAAUAUAUCACCUUGAAAAAGAAAUACCUGGACUAUUUCAUGAACAAUUGGAGCGAGUCUACAGAUCCGAGGAAACACGUCUUUGAAGAUAUCGCCAUUGCUGCAUUUAUAAUAGAGUAUUGGAAAUUAAAUGACUUUGAGCCGGAAAAGUUUGAAUUUCGAGAUUUGGGUUGUGGGAAUGGAUUGUUAGUGCACAUAUUGAUACUGGAAGGAUACAAAGGAAAGGGAAUUGAUGCCAGAGCAAGAAAAUCUUGGGUACUGUAUCCCUCUAAAGUACAACAAUGUCUUUUGGAACAAAUUAUUGUUCCACAAAUUUUACUAGAUCAACAGCCAAUGUCCUCAGAUAUCACUGCUUCAAUCUCAAAACAGCAAAUAUCCACUACAGCAGAGUUCCCCAAAAAUACUUUUAUUAUUGGAAAUCAUUCAGAUGAGUUAUCCUGUUGGAUUCCCUUGUUAGGGUUUCCUUUUAUUGUGAUACCGUGCUGCUCUUUUGGUAUAAAUGGAGUGAGGAAACGGUAUCCACCAAGAAAGAAUAUGGCAUUCAAAACACCCCCUUCUACAUACAAAACGUUAGUGGACCACGUCGAAGAUAUAGCACUUAUGAAUGGCUGGCUAGUACAAAAGGAAAUGUUGCGUAUUCCAAGUACCAGGAAUGCCGCUAUUAUAAGCUGCGAGAAAAUCCCCGUGCUAGCAAAUGAACCUGAACAUAUCAGAAGAAUACGCCUAUUGGAUAUAAUUGCAUUAGAAGGUGGGGCUGAUGGUUGGGUUGAGAAUUCAAUUAACUUAAUGAAGAGUGAACCUAAAAAGCACUAA